CGAGCUCUGUAGUUGGACCAACUCCUGACCUUUUUCUUCCCUGGUUUCUCUGGAGACAAAGGUGAGUGAGAAAAAAAGCUCUGUUGGAACCUCUCGCUGGUCCUCUUCUCCCCUUGUCGGUGAUCAGUGAGGACACAAAUCCCAGCUGAAACCUUCUCCCCUGGCCCUGCUCUACAGAGCAGCACCUGCCUUCAGAGCUCACCACCUCCCCGCGGUGCCGUGCCCGGGGCAGCGAUGCCAGUGGGACCUGACAGUCUCCAACGUGCUGCUGCAGAGAGCUGUGAGGAGGGGACUUACACAGAAAGGAGGAGACAGCUUCAUUGAAUUUAUUCUUUUCAGCUGCUGUCUCAGUGUGCUGCCUCUAACUGGGAGUUAAAAAAUUCCUAUAGAAAUGGCCUAAAUUGUUCCCAGCCCUGUAAGAAGGGUACAAACAGCAGGUUAGAAAUCACAGCUGAUGGGAAACAGAGUGAAAGCUCUGAUCAAAGAAUGAUCCACAGGGAUGUAAAGCAAUUAGAAACAUUAACUAAUGGCUUGUUCCUGGGGCUGCUUGUACCGAAGCCGUGGGGUUUGUUGGCGUUGUGGUGAGAUGAAUCGGAGAAACUUCUCAGUGCUGGUAAAUUUAUGGGGAUAAGGAGUCUUCACCCAGAUGCUGGGCAUUUUUCAACCUCCCUCCUCCCAAUGGCAUCCCCACACCAGCAACCCCAUGGGUAUUUGUUAAAACACUGCUCUGGAUGACAUGGAUCUCUCACAUCUGAGCAGGAGCACCUUGAAUUAAGAGUAGUGCCAAAGCCUUGGUCAUCGCCAGACUCUGGCUGGGGUUUGAAUGAAGUGAUUUCUGCACACCAAACCAAAAAAAGUCACAGGGUUGGUUGUAUUUAAUCCAAAGGAGUGGUCCAGGAGCAGUGACUGGGAUUGAAUGGGAAAGUCUUCGCUGCCAGCAGAGCAAACGCCUUCUGGGGGUUUGUGCCGGCUCUGCCCCUCGCUCUUCCCCAGUCUCCGCUUCCUGGCCAGACUGAGCUCUGUUCUGUUGUUUCUUCAGCCCCAUCUGUCCCUUUUUUUUCCUUUUCUUCCACGGUUUCUCCGCUAUCAAUGAUGGGGGCUCUGCCAUCGCAGCUCACGGUGUCUUGAAGCAGCUGGUGUUGGCAGUGACCCAAGGGCUGAAUGGUGCCGGUCGGACCCUUUUCCUCACACCCUCGGGAUUGCUGGGGCACGAGACGGGGGUUUUUGGAUGCAGUGCCGAGGGUGAGACCUCAUCUCCUCCCCAAACUGCUGCUUUCCCGUUCCAGGAGCCAAGCUGGUCCCUGGGGUGGGGGCAGAUUCCUUCGGCUGGCGCGGAGGGUGUGAGGGAGGCUCUGGGUUCCGUGGUUGCUCUGCAGUGAGGCCAGAGCCACCCUUCUUCAUUUUUAUUCCAGCAAAAGCAGGCAGCAGUGGGCAAAACUCCACCGGGAACGUAGAAACUGGGGUGAAAAGGGUCUGAGCAUCAGGGCAGGGGGUGGCGAGCGAGCAACCACGUGUGUACGUGUCGGGAUUGGAAAUCGCUGCUCCGCUGGGCACGCCGGAGGAGACGGGGAAAGACGCAGAGAAAAUCAGUUGCCGCCGCGUUUUCCAAAAUCCCGAGCGAGCGUUCCUGCUCGCCGUCGCUUCCAAGAAACGGAGAGAACCGAGGAGGAAAAUUGCGGUGAUUCAUCGCGGGCAGAUCGGAGGCAGGAAAUGAGAGUUUGCUGCCUGCCCCGUGCCCGGCGUGGGCUCCGUGGGCUCGGGCUCGCCGGGGCCUGGCUGGCGGCGAGGGCCUGACACCCACGGGUCGAGCAUCCCCGCGCCGCGGCCGGAGCUGCCGGAGGAGCCACCGGCGAGGGAAAAACAACCGGCGGAGGCCGAGAGCCGGAGCAGCGGGAAUUUUUCACCUGCGUUUCUGCGGAGCCAUCCGAGCGAGAGCUGCCCGGACAGUGACCGGGGGCCGGAUCCAGGCUCCCCGUGCUUGCUCCAGCCCCACCAUCCCGGACAACUCAGAUGUGGCAUCGGAGUUGCCUGACCCCAUCCUGAUCCGGCCUUCACCCGCAAUCCCCGCUGCCAUGAAGAGGAAGCCGGGGAACGGGCGGGGGCCGGACCCUGCGGCCCCCCAGCAGCGAGCCCGCUCUGUCACCAAGCCAGCAGAGUACGUGGGAUCCUUCAUGGUGGAGGAGCUGGACCUGCAGCAGCGAGCGGGGCGGGUGGAGGAGCAGCUGCGGGCGCUGAAGGACUGUCCCCGGAGGAGGUCGGUGGUGCUGAGGUUCAGCUUGCAGGGGCUGAAGGUCUACGGCGCUGAUGGGGAGACGCUGCUGAUGGCACACGCGCUGCGCCGCAUCCUGUACAGCACCUGGAGGCUCCCCGACCGCCAGUUCGCCUUCGUGGCCCGCAACCCCCACAGCCCCCCCAGCACUCUCUUCUGCCACCUCUUCGUGGGGCUCCCGGGAGAGGUCCAGACCCUGCACCUCCUGCUCUGCCGCUCCUUCCAGCUCUGCUACCUCCUGGCGCACCCCGAGGAGCAGGCGGGCGAGGGGGAGCUCCCGGGGCCGGGGGUGCUGCGAGAGCCCCUCAACCCCGAGGAGGUGUCACGAAAUGUCAACGCCCUCGUGUCCUUCCGGCGCCUGCCCGCGCCCGGUGGCCUCGGCCCGCUGGGUCCCGGGGACCGGCGGCCGGAGGCGGAGGGCAGAGCCUGGCGCCCGGGGAACCCCUACUGCUCGCCGGUGCUGGUGCGCAAGAAAGCCAUUCGGAGCAAAGUGCUGCGCUCGGGAGCCUACCGGGACUGCGGGGGCGAGGGACAGCUCCACCAGCAGCCCCGCGACGCCGCGGCGGCGGGAGGGGAAAGCAAAGGGGCGAGGAGCUUGGCCUUCCUGCCCGAGAACGAGAGCGUCCUCGCCGAGAGCGUGUGGGCCUUCGCCGGCAUCGCCAGGGCCGCGGGGGUGGCUGUGCUGCGGCGGGACGUGCCCGGCUCCUUCCUGCUGCGCGCCGAGCCCGGGCUGCCCAAGCGCUGGUGCCUGUGGGUGCGGGCGCCCUGCGGCGUGGUGUGCUACGGCGUGCUGCGGACACAGCACGGCAGGUUCUGCGUGGAGCACUCCAGCGCCGAGUUCGCCAGCAUGACCGCUCUGCUGGCGCACUACUCCGGGCCACCGGGGGGCUGCUUCUGCCGCCUGGCCCCCGGCCGACGCAACCCCGGCUACGAGGAGCGGGACCCCGGCGGCGGGGCCAGCGCCGGGCCGGGGGAGGCCGCCUGGGCCCCGCCGCCCCCCACCGGGGUGCAGCACGAGCGGGGGUAGCCCGGACCCCCCCGCGCACGGCUGUCCCCCGCACCCCCGGCUUUCACUCGCUGCCCGCCUUCCCCCCGGCCGGGCUGGCCGCGCCUCCCGCAAUAAAGGCUCUCGUGCAUCGGAGCGGGGCUCGGCUGGCUGCUCACACCGCCCGCGGCGGGACGCGCUGCACGCCGGUGUGCUCACACCUGUGUGCUCACACCUGUGUGC